CUUUGUGUUCUUGCUUGCUUGUGGCACAUGUUCAAAUAACCAAACAAAUAAUUCAUAACAGUCGUCGUUAAUAUUAAUUCAAAAUCCAUUAAUUAUGGCAAAAUUGGGUUCUUAUUAUGGUUUAUGUCCCAUAAUUGAUCAAAAAAGUCUGCUGGGAAUUAAUAAUGAUUCAGAAUCAGGGCAAGUUCUUGUCACACUUGGCAAAAACAUUGCCAUCAAAUAUAAGCUUUCAGAUCAGAAACAGUUAAUUAGUUGGCGCACCAAAGAUAAAUUCACCUCUCCAGUAAUUUACUGCACAGAGAAACAACAAUAUUGUGCAGUCUUUAAUCAAAUGUACCUGAAGUUAUGGAAUGAUGAAGGUGAACAUUUGGACAAACACAAAAAAUUAAAGUUUAACAAACCAAUUCACACUCUUGUAAACUGCAAAAAUCACACAUUUGUUGUGUUUCAAAAUGGUGCUAUUAUUCUGCUAGAUAAAGCACUAGAAACUCGUAAGGAAUUAGAACCAGUUGCAGUUGUCCAAGAGAAUGAAACUAUUUCAGAUGUUCUUAUCAUUCAACAUAAGAAUAAAUUGUUUGGUGGACUGAUAUUAGAAAGUGUAAAUCACAAAACAAUUGUUUUUGACAUUCUUGAUGAUACAACAGAAAAUAUUAGACUUGUUCUAGACAAAGAUGGCGUUGAUUUGUCCGGAUAUGUGUUGUCUAUGAACAAUAUUCAGGAAAUUGUUCUCUUGACUUUGUGGUCUGAUGGAAAAAUGUUUUCACAUUCACUAAAUGGUAAAAAUGAAGAAACAUUUAUAACAGUUUUAGAUUCAAUCUCUUGCAAGGAAGCUGUAACAAUGUUCGCAUUAAAUGAGGAUUAUGUAGCUAUGUACGGCGCGGAUAAUUCUCAAGAGGGUGCACUCUUAAUCAUCUACAAUAUUCAAUUUAAAGUAACGCAGUGCAAACAACCUUUCAAGUUAUACACCAGCGGAACAAAACUCUGGUGUCUCGAAAACAAUUUAUUUUUAUGUGUUGGACAAAAUUUAGCGGUUGUCCCGCAUCAUUUAAGCACCGAACAUUUAGCAACUUUAGUUGGCAGCCACAAAGUCAAAAUCAACGAUCCUGAUAUUACAAUUGUCCAGGAACUUAUUGCGACUAACUGGGACGAUACAAAACGAUCAAAACAGAAAAAAACCGCCUACAACGAUCGAGUACAAGAGUUAUCACAACAAGGGUGGCCAGAAACUGCAAUCAUUGAAGAUAUUUUACCUAAACAUAUGCAAGAAAAUGACUUGCAGUCGAUUGAAAAGUGUCUAGGAUACUUUGAAGACAUCCCGGAAUAUUUUCGCGUGAAACUGUUAAAUUAUUUACUGUCACUUGAUAGUGAACAGUUUAAUUCCAAGGUGACCGAUGAGAAAUUGCCUGAUUCUCUCGCACCGAUCGAGCGGUGUCACCUGAUUGAUAAGAUUUUAAUGUCUCCUCAUAGUAGUAUUGUUCUUUUACCACAAUUACGUGCGCAUAUGUCCUUGAAUAACGCUUUAUUACUUCUAAGGUAUAUCUGUUACCUAUUAUCUGAAGAUGGGCACAUUCUAGGAGAAAACGUUACUGAAGUUGAACGAAAAUUAAUCGAUUGGGGUUGUGUGCUUCUAGAUGCAAAUUAUCAGAAGUUUAUUCUGACUAAGGAUCAGAAAAUCGUUGAGAUUCUGAACUAUUUCAAUCAAUUGGUUAAAGCUAAUCUAUGCUGUAUAGAUCAACUUCAGGAAUUGUCGCCAAUUGUUUCUAGUUUGAACAGCGGAAACUAUCAAAAGAAUAAGUUGCUUAACAAUGCAACUUAUUCGAUUGAAGAAAUCAAAUUGUAUUGAAUUUUAAUACACUAAACAUUAAAACUACGUCAAAUACAAA